GUAGUAGAACAAGUUUCUUGGAUGAUCAAUAACAGCAACAUUGUUGAUGUUGACUGAAUCCCCAACAACACGAACAUGAGUUCUGAUCGAACAUGAAAAUCCAAAUCCCUUCGCAACUUCUUCAAUUGAAACCCAUCGAAGCCGCGAAAGAUCGAAAGCAACAACGAUGGAAGAGGCUUUGUUGCAGUUCGCUCCGAUGCAGAGCUCCGUCGACGAGGGUUUCUGGCACCGGUUGUCUUCUUUGAAGCUCAACAAGCUUGGCAUUGACGAUUCUCCAAUUCACAUAUUCGGAUUCUAUGCACCUUGCUCUCAUUCUCAAGUAUCGAAUCAUUUAACUGUUCUAGCCGAGUCUUUGCCUUCUGAAUUGAGUGAGGCUUCGUUAAUUCCUGAACCGAGCCGCGGCAACAGGAACAGGUGUUCUGUUCCGGGGAUACUUUACAAUACCAAUACUGUGGAAAGCUUCCAUGCACUUGAUAAGCAUAGCUUGUUGAAGAAAGAGGCUGCAAAGAUUUGGGAUGACAUUAUAUCUGGAAAGGCUGUGGAGGACUGUUCGCUACUUUCAAGAUUCCUUGUUAUUUCUUUUGCAGACCUGAAAAAGUGGACUUUCAACUACUGGUUUGCGUUCCCGGCUCUCAUGCUUAAUCCACCUGCAACUGUGGUUAAUCUAAAGCCAGCUUCUAACUGGUUCAGUGUAGCAGAGGCCGAGUCCCUCUCUGCAGCCUGUAAUGAGUGGCGUAGCUCAAAAUCAACAGCAGAUGUCCCAUUCUUUUUAGUCACUAUAGAUCCAAACUCACGUGCUACUGUUAGGCUUCUGAAGGACUGGGAAGCUUGUCAGAGCAAUGCUCACAAGAUCCUUUUUGGAUUUUAUGACCCAUGUCAUCUCCCAAAUAAUCCUGGAUGGCCUCUUCGCAACUUCUUAGCACUUAUUUCUGCGAGGUGGAAUCUCAACUCUGUUCAAUUUUUCUGCUACAGAGAGAACCGUGGUUUUGCAGAUAUGAGGUUUUCCCUUGUUGGUGAAGCAUUGAUAACAGUUCCACAAGGGUGGAAAGACACUGUGCCUAAUGCGGUUGGAUGGGAACUUAAUAAGGGGAGAAAAGUUCCUAGGUGUAUAAGCCUUGCACAGUCCAUGGAUCCAACCAGGUUGGCCAUAUCUGCUGCAGAUUUGAAUUUAAAGCUGAUGAGAUGGCGUGCUUUGCCUUCGCUAAAUUUGAAUGCUUUAUCUUCCAUGAAGUGUCUUCUCCUUGGAGCUGGCACACUUGGAUGCCAGGUUGCGCGCAUGCUUAUGGCAUGGGGUGUCCGAAAGAUUACUCUGGUUGACAAUGGCAGGGUGGCUAUGUCUAACCCAUUGAGGCAGUCUCUUUAUACUUUGGAUGACUGUCUUAAUGGUGGUGAAUCUAAAGCUACAGCAGCAGUUGAAAGUCUCAAACGGAUAUUUCCAGCAGUGGAAGCAGAAGGCAUUGUUAUGGCUAUACCAAUGCCUGGUCAUCCAGUAAAUAACCAGGAACAAGAUAGCGUGCUUCAUGAUUGUAGACGUUUGCAUGAUUUAAUUGAUGCUCAUGAUUCAGUUUUUUUAUUGACUGAUACAAGGGAAAGUCGAUGGCUUCCAACACUUCUAUGUGCCAAUACUAACAAGAUUACCAUUACUGCGGCACUUGGGUUUGAUAGUUUCUUGGUGAUGCGCCAUGGAGCCGGUCCUUUAAGUCAUGCCCACAACUUCAGUGCUGAAACUACUAAUUCUUCACCUGCUGAUAGAUUGGGCUGUUAUUUCUGCAAUGAUGUUGUUGCACCAACCGAUUCAACAUCCAAUCGCACUUUGGACCAGCAAUGUACUGUGACCCGACCGGGGCUGGCUCCAAUUGCUUCAGCUCUUGCAGUUGAACUUUUAAUAGGGAUUUUGCAUCAUCCUCAAGGGAUAUUUGCAGAAGCUGAUAUUAACAACAGUGCCACUGGAGCUACCGAGAAACCUCUUGGUAUUUUACCUCAUCAGAUUCGUGGUUCCCUUUCUCAAUUUUCUCAAAUGACCCUUUUAGGCUACUCCUCCUCCAGCUGCACAGCCUGUAGUCACACAGUUGUAUCAGAAUAUCGAAACCAAGGAAUGGAGUUCAUACUUCAAGCAAUUAAUCAUCCUACCUACCUAGAGGAUCUCACUGGACUGACGGAGUUGAUGAAAUCAGCCACCUUGUUGUCAUUGGAUUGGGACAAGGAGAAUGAUGAGGAGGACGAUGACUGUCUUGAAAUUUAACAGUCAAUCAGUUGUACGUAAACUAAUCCGUUUAAUUUAUGAUUUUUUUUUUUACCUUUGGCAACUGUUGCUUUUAGUACACCAUACCUUGUCAAAUGUACAAAACUGAUUCCAUGUAACUUAUAUUCUUUAUCAACGUCAGCAAUUCGAGUUUAUUAUGCAUUUACCA